UAUAAUUGUAUUGGGUUGUUUUAUCUAUGGAAAGUUCCUUUUGUUUCCAAAUACAAUUAGAGAUAAUGACCUAUUUAUCACUGUUUAUGUUGCAGGAGUAGAACAAUGUCGAGAAGAGAAUGUCGAUGUUUAAGAACUAUCCGAAAUGUAUUUCGACGUAAAAACGAGGUUCAUCCUCUGAUCAUCGAUGAUACUAAGCCGAUGAACUACAACGUGCCGACCCCCGUGCACCUUUUCCAAGUGUCGCCGGUGAUGUGUCCAGAAGCACGGAUAGAGAAAGAAGAAAAGGAGAUCGAAAAAACGGUUAUAAAAGAAGAAACCGUAGAGGAAGAGAAAAUAGAAAUCGAGGAUUGUGAAAGCAGCUUUUCUGACCCGAUUCAGAUGACUCCUAGUUCUGGAGCGAUAUUGAUGGUCGUACAAGAAGCUGAGAUAGAACAAGAAUCCACUUCAGAAAUCGCCCCUGCUGUUUCCUUACCAGCCGACUGUACUGAACUGCUGGAGACACUAGUACUAGACAGUACUUCAUUAGUGACGGAACAUCUAGAAGAGUCAGAUGCAGCAACAGGCAGUGACAAUAGCUUAGAAUUCCUAUCUGAGCAUCUGCCAGAAGAUGAAGAAGAAAAAUCACUUGAGCCAAUUAUGGUUGAUCCAAGCUCCGGGGCAAUGCUGAUUGUGGUCCAAGAGGCCCAAACAGGUACAGUGUAUGAUCCAUCCCUAGUUCUUGUACUGUCUGUGGCCAUGAUUUCAACUAGUUCAGCUGAUUAAACUGAAGAAGCCACUCGGAUGAGUGGGGAAAUGUUUU